AUGGUGGGACGUGGGUACCCAGAGUUGUACCGGGGAGAGGGGUCGGGCCCAGGCGGGCACGAGCGGGAAGUGGUGGCGCAACCGGAGCCGCCGCUAGGAGAACAUGGCGGGGGAGUGAGAAGAGCCGCCAGCAGCUCCCGGUGUUGUUACCCGGGCGCGACCCGCCCACUUCCGCCCCCGCGCCAACCGCCGUGCCCUGACGGCGCCAGCACCGCCCCUCCUCUCUGCCCCCCGCCAAUCGCGGUGGAGCGGCGGUCUCUCCGCCGUCGCUCCAGCCAAUCGGAAGCGACACAAACACUCGGGGCCACGCCUCCCCUGGGCCGCCCAAUCCGGGCGGGCACGCCCCCGGUCUCCGAGUCACGGGCUCGCAGUGCGCUGCGAGCGGGCGGCGCCCACCGGCCAAUCGGGAUCCGCACGAACAAAUGAGGCCACACCCCAGCGGGCCCCGCAGCCAAUCGCGGGAGACGUAAACAGGCGUCGGCGCGCCCCCCUGUGGGCGGUGGCGGCAGGCGGGCCGCGUCGCUCGCCAUGGAGGAGCCGGGCCCGGCCGCCGCGCCGCCGGAGGGGCGGGGGCGGGACGAGCGGAGCCUGGAGGCGCUCAGCCUGGCUGGCGGCGGAGGAGCAGCGGCGGUGGGGCGGCAGCUGCCGGAGGGGCGGCGAGCGACUCUGGCGAGCGCCCUGGAACUGGAGGGGACGGUGCUGCGCGAGGGGCGCCUCACCCAGUUCGUAGCCAACAACCUGGAGCGGCGGAUCCGGCUGAGCGGCGCCCCGCGGGGUGAACCUCCGGCGGGGGGCGGCGGGUCCUCCAUCCCCGCCAUCGACCCCGGGGCGCUGCAGGACGUGGUGGCUCUGGCCGGGCAGGUGGCGGCGCAGGUGGACGAGCUGCUGCGGAACGUGCACUGCGGGCUGCAGGCCCUGACGGCGCUCAGCGUCGGCUGCAUCCAAACCUACCGCGACGGCGUGGAGAGCCUGGGCGAGGCGGCUGACCUCAGCAUCCGCGCCAUGUACGCACUGGUGGCGCGCUGCGAGGAGCUGGACCGCGCCAUGCAGCCCGUGCCCGCCCUGGCCAAGCGCAUCCGUGACAUGAAAGGCACGCUGGAGCGGCUGGAGGGGCUCUGCAAGUAGCUGCUCCCGCCGCCGCUCCCCCUCCCGUGCCGGCAGCGGGGGCCUGGGGCUGCUGCUCUGUCGCUCCGGCGGCCCCACCGCUCACGGCGUCCGCAGCUCCCGCCUGCACAUCCUCGCUCGCUCCCCCCGUGCGUGACUUGCCGGCAUCAGUGGCCAGAUCGCCUGUGUUGAUCUGGACGAAGGGAAAUUUUUGCGACCGACGAAGGAAAAGGUCCCGGUUGAAAACCGCGGGGUAAAUGGCAGAUGGUGCUUUUUAGCUUCAGCUCCAUUAAAGAAUUUGGAUCCCACA